AUGGCUCCAGUCCGACAGGACGAUCCUCCACAGUCAUGGGGCCAUUGGGUCGGUCGCAAACACUACUCCCUCGAGGUGGUCCAGCAUCCUCUCCGUGCACGCAUGUGCGGUUUCGGCGAUAAAGAUAGACGGCCCCUGGCUCCAGCGGCAGUAGCAAAGAUGGUCGUGCGGAGGGAGGAUGGAAGCAUAGUCGAUGUCGACGAGAUAGACAUUUCCUUUUUUCUGGUAACAGUGGACCUUUGGUCAGGGGACGGCAAGAGCGAGAUGAAUCUCGUUCUCCAUCCCACAUCGGCGGAUCGAUAUGUCCCGGCAAAUACUCCGAAAUCAAAGCGGCGCGGAACGAACGCGAACACGGCUAGUUCCUCCGCACAGCGCCCUACUCGUCCAAGCCCCUCGCCAGCUCCAGCAUCCGCAACAGCGCCUGCUCCUGCUCCUGCACCAGCUUCAAGCCCUGCGCAGUACUCACAGCAGUCUAAUGAGAUAACGCCGUACAUGGCCCCUUCAACCUCCGGGUACUCUUCUCAGGCGUACUCUUAUCCUAACGCGCCAGCGCCCCUACCCGAAUCACCUGGCUACCAGUCGCAACCCAUGAGCAACUACAGUACAUCAUCUGACGCCCCUCCUGGGUGGGGGUAUCCACCUCCGCCCACUUCGAUGGAACGCGUCUCUCAAUAUCCGCCGCCGUCAGCCCUCCCUCCUAUUCAUUCCGCCGCCCGAAGCGGCUCAGCAUCCAAUAACGGGCCUGCCCCAGUCGUAAGUUAUAACUCCGCUUCAGGAUCAGGGACGGGCACGGCAGAAGGCUGGCAUCUCGAGAAUCCAGGAAGAGAGGACACAGAAGCUAUCUCGUAUCGCACAUGGCCGCAGGAGGGUUCUUAUCCUCCGAUUGACAACAAUGGGGCCUCCUAUUCUUCCACCACGAUCGAUCCCUCCCUCCGGGGCUCUUCGUCAAAUUCUGAAAUGCGUGACAAUUCAUACGCCCCGCUGGCACCCACUUCCCCCGCCGACACGUAUGCUCAAAAUAGAUACCCCCAGGAUCCGUACCCUCCCAUGCCACAACAGCCGCCAGACGGUUCGGCUUAUCACCCGCCCGCGUCUUACCCUCCACAGCAGUCAGAACAGCCGCCACCAUCACAAUAUCAAGAAGCCCAGUAUGGGCAGGAUCCUACACCGCCUUCGACCAUUCCUCCUUUGCCUCGACAUACUUACACUCGAACGCUUGUCGGGCCCUUAUCCGCCAACGCCUGCCGUCUAUUGGACGAGCACCGCAAGCCUGGAAUCUUCUUUCUCUUUCAAGACCUCUCUAUCCGCACCGAAGGUUUGUCCCUUCCUGCAAAUCCUCCGGUACGCAUGGGAUCCGCUUAUCGUGACUUUCCCGGCACGUACUAUGCCUUUUGCGCAGGCACUUUCCGUCUGAGGCUUCGUCUCAUGAAUGUUGGCGCACCGCCAGCCCCCGAAACACGGUCCACUCAAGUGCACACAGGCGUGUCGCCCAUUCUCGCCCAGACAUUCACUGAGCCAUUCAUCGUGUACUCGGCAAAACGCUUCCCAGGUGUACCAGACACCACCGCCCUAUCCAUUGCCUUGGGCAACCAAGGCCAGAAGCUGCCGCUCCGCAAUCGCAAUGGCUCAGCCAAGCAGAGCCGCAAGCGACAGCGUAGUGGGUCCGAUGUCUCCGGUGAUGAGUCUGAUGAUGCGUAA